AUGGAUCCUGUCCGCAACCAGCAAAGGACUGGUGCAACGGGCGUCGCAUCUUCCAGCAGAGCAUAUCCGGUUGCUUCGUGGAGUUCUUUUUCGUCCACUGCUUCACCGGUGGGAAGCUUGUCGCAAACGCCUGUGCAAGUGGAGCACCGGCCUGGAGGCUCAGUCGUUGGAUGGCCGGCGACUACACAGGCAGCAAGGCUCGCAUUCACGCCGCCGCAACCCAGAAGCUUUCCAUGGCCUUGCGUGAUGUCUCCUGUCGCACUCGCAAAUGGAAGGGUCUUGGUGCAUACGCCGCCUUCCUCAAGCACGGCUGAUGCAGACUCUCCGAAUCCUGGCUGCUUAACCCCGAGUCGACAGGUGGUCUGCACUGUGGCUCGUCAGACCACUCCUGCACCCGCAAGCACCAUGAGUUUCACAGCUGCUCGAGGGCUCAUGGCAACGCAGGCCGUACCUGGCAUCACGAUGUCGGUCAGCACUUUGAGCAGCCAAAGCACAGCUAGUCCAUUCAUGUUGAAGUUCCAGCUGCUCAGACUCUGUGACCUGGAUAUCCCAACAUACGAGUCUGCCGAGUCUGCCAGCCAAACACUUUUUUCGUGCCUCUUAGUCUUUUUGCAUAUGCGCACAUCAUGGGGCAGCCGUGCGCUGCUUCACUUCCGACUGGACUUGCAGUUCGGCUUGCAGAGGAGAAGUGUGUGUUGCUUGCUGCCAGGCGCAGGCCAGUCUGGUGGGAAGCGAUGUCCGGUUCGCGAAGCUUCAUGGGAAAGUUUCAGGGACAUGCGUCGGAAAUCUCGGCAGCAUGACUUCUUCGUCGGUUGCGAGGUGGAGAUUCUGCGCGAGUAUCAUCAAUGGCAGCCGAGCAAACUUGCGGCAAUUUGUAUUGAGCUUUCUCGACUGCGCCCGGAAGGGCAUGUGGCCACAGACAGACUCUUGCAGUGCAUUUUGUGGAGAGCUGAGCACCUUGUACAACAGCUGAGCGGCCUGGAGCUUCUGAGCCUUAUGGAGGCCUUUGCUUUACGACAGAUUCGGGAGCACGAUUCCAGGUGUCCGGAUUUUUUCGGUGUUGCUUCCGGGCGCCUUCGGGACGAGGUGAAGAGCCUGCAUUUCAAAGACUUGCGGCGAGCCACCGCGAUGUACAAGCAGCUGAACAUCCGAGACGAGGGCCUCUUUCAAGCCUUCGGUAAGAGGCUGGCCGAGCUGCUGGAGGCUUCCACUGCACUUUCCGUGCAGUCUGGUCCAAGGCCAAAGAAAGGUCAAAGCCGAGGUGAAGAAGGGGCUGUAAUGGCGUUUCUCAAUGCCUGCGGCCGACUCAACAUACAACCUCCUGAGGUUGAUGGCUUCUUCAAACGAGUGGGCCCUGCAGCUCGCGCCAGAAAAGAUGUGCCGCGCCUGGUGGCAUUGGCGCAGCUUGCUGCCAAGUUCGGAAUUGCAAGUACACGGGAAGCCGACCGCAUUCUGACAGUGGUGUGCGCAGCCUUUGAGGGCAACGCUCCAAGCAGCAAAGGCUAUGCAUCCCAAGCCAUCACUGGCCAACUCCUGUUGGCUCUGAUAUUCGACGAAUCCGCGUGCGAGACUCGAGAUCGUGCGCUGGUUGCUGCCGUCGGCGCCGUGAAUGCUUCCUUCGGCUGCAACCUGAAGUCCUUGGACGAGCAGCUGGCACGCCAGCUGCAGGUCACCGAACUGGCCUGCCGGCUAGAAAGACCUGUCCCGCUGCACAUGCUGGAGCUCAAGGGGCUCGGUGGCUUUCUCGAAGGAGUACGGUGCUUGGAGCAGUCAGUGUUUGGACCACUGCCGAAGUCUUCUUCUCAGCAGCACUUGCAGGUUUCUGGGGCCUUGCAAGAGCUUGGUGUGCAACAUCGCACGGAGGAGCGGCUGGAUCCCUACAUUGCCGAUGUUCGCUUGACCACGAACCAAAGCCUUAUCGAAAUCGAUGGUCCUUUACACUUCGUUGGCAGCACGCAGCGUUAUGACAUGAAGAGCUCCUUGAAGCAUCGCUUGCUGACGAAGCAGGGAUGGCAUGUCCACCACAUAGCCUGGAAUGAUUGGCCGGAGCAUCAUCACAGCCGCAUGAGUUACAUUGCUAGGCUCCUUCGCAGACCACCGCCGGGAAAGCAUUUGCUGCAGUACACCCCGCUUCAGCCGAGUAUAUGUGAGGAACAUGCUGAUCGAGAUUUGGUCGAACAGACUUCUUGA